AUGGGACUUAAAUUUAGUAAGAUUGAUAUUAGUAAUAUUACGUUAGAAUGCUAUUAUAAGGAAGAAUGUAAUAAGUAUUGUCUUGGUGAUAUUAAAAACAAGUAUACUCUUAUAAUGUUCUAUCCUAAAGACUUUUCGACUGUGUGUCCUACUGAGUUAUUAGCAAUAUCGUCGAUGGCUGAUACUUUUAAAGAUUUAGAUUGUCAGGUACUAUUUGUAUCAACUGAUAGCAUUGAAUCUCAUAAGAAGUACUGUGAUGAGAAAGAAGAAGUUAAUGGAAAGACUGGAAUUGGUAAACUUAACCAUCCUAUGUUGUCAGAUCCAGAUCAUAAGUUAUGUGAGUAUUUCGAUCUCUACAAUGAAGAAGAAAAUAUUUGUAGGAGAGGGACUGUGAUAAUUCAUAAUGAAAGUUCUAAAUUAGUCUUUUUCUCAGUCAACUGUGAUCCUAUUGGACGUAAUUCAAAAGAACUAGUCAGAGUUAUUAAGGCUUAUGAUUCUUACCUUACCAAUGGUGAAAUGUGUCCAAUAGACUUUAAAGGAACUGAUUAA